UAGCCUCUCAAGGAGGUACGGUGUCUGGAGGUCUGUGUAGCUGAAGGACACUGAGAAAUGUGAGGGGAGGAUGUUUCCUCUUUAAAAUUUGCAUUUGGGUGCCUUUUCUGGGCAACUGCACGCUCCUGCUAGUCACAGAUCCCACUCACUGUUGCCUUAUACUUGCCCCACUGUAAUCAGUUACAUGCCUAACCCAUGAAGACGAAUUCCCUGUCACUGAAAGCUCACUUCUUCACAGCUUCACCUGUGAAAGUUACCACAAAUACUUCUGCUCUGGCCCAGAUUAUGGCUCAUAUGGAUGAAGCAGCCCGCCAGUUGUCUAGAAGUGGAAAAAGCCUCUAUGCAGUGCUGGAGCUUAAGAAGGGUGCCUCGCCUGAUGAAGUAAAAAAAUCCUACAGCCAUCCCCCAUCCCCUCUCCACCCUCCUUAUGGGUAUUGCCUGGGUAGGAAACUGGCUUUGAAGUAUCAUCCAGACAAGAAUCCAGGAGAUCCUCAAGCAGCAGAAAUAUUCAAAGAGAUCAACACAGCCCACGCCAUACUGAGUGACCCUAAGAAGCGGAAAAUCUACGACCGACAUGGCUCAUUGGGAAUAUAUAUAUAUGAUCACUUUGGCGAAGAAGGCGUCAGAUACUAUUUUAUAGCGAAUAGUUGCUGGUUCAAGACACUUGUCCUCCUAUGUUGUCUGCUCACUUGUUGCUGUUUCUGUUGCUGCUGUUGCUUUUGCUGCGGAGCACUUAAGCCACCACCUGAGGAGGCAGCUAAGAGAAACAAUCAACAAAACGUCCGGAAUCAGCCUUCGAGAUCAGGUGCUGACCCAAUGAGGGUGCCUUUUGCUGCCCAGUCCACUGGACAUGUUGAAGAGAAGAGCAAGUAG